AUGGUCCCUCUAGCCCAGCAUCCUGUCACGCACAGGCAGAGAGUAGAUGCUGAAAGGGAGAAUGAAUUAGCGCCCCUCGAGGCUCACGCUGGACUCCGCGGCUGCUCCGGAGCUCGGCGGCCCGGACGAAGCCCCGCGGAGCCCGGCUCCCGCUGCCCGCCGCGCCGGGGCGGGCCAGGAGGGCGGAGGCAGGUGCCCGGGGAGUUCCGGCACAAGGUUGACUUCCUCAUUGACAAUGAAGCAGAGAAGGAUUAUCUUUACGAUGUGCUGCGGAUGUACCACCAAUCCAUGGAUCUUCCAGUGCUGGUGGGAGACCUAAAGCUUGUGAUAAAUGAACCAAGUAGAUUGCCUCUUUUUGAUGCCAUCCGUCCUCUUAUCCCAUUAAAACACCAGGUGGAAUAUGAUCAGUUAACACCAAAACGGUCAAGAAAGCUGAAGGAAGUGAGACUGGAUCGUUUGCAUCCUGAAGGGCUUGGAAUAAGUGUGCGAGGAGGACUGGAAUUUACCUGUGGACUCUUUAUCUCUCAGUUAGUUAAAGGUGGACAAGCAGACAACGUUGGACUUCAGGUUGGAGAUGAGAUAGUUCGGAUAAAUGGCUACUCCAUCUCUUCAUGCACUCAUGAGGAAGUAAUAAAUCUUAUCCGCACAAAGAAAAUUGUGUCCAUAAAAGUAAGACAUGUUGGCAUGAUACCUGUCAAAAGCUCUACAGAUGAACCUCUUAAGUGGCAAUAUGUGGAUCAGUUUGUGUCAGAUGCUGGGGAAGGAAAAGGCAGCAUGGCAGGACUUACUUCAUCUGGAGGAAGAGACAGUAAAGAGAAGAAAGUCUUCAUUAGUUUGAUUGGUACGAAGGGUAUGGGAUGCAGCAUUUCCAGCGGUCCAACGCAAAAACCAGGCAUCUUUAUUAGCAACGUUAAGCCAGGUUCUCUUUCUGCAGAAGUGGGGUUAGAGGUUGGUGAUCAGAUUGUUGAAGUAAACGGAAUGGAUUUUUCAAAAGUGGAUCACAAAGAGGCUGUGAGAGUGUUAAGAAGCAGUCGUACGCUGACUAUCUCUGUAGUAGCAGGAGCUGGAAAAGAGCUUUUCAUGACUGAAGAAGAGCGGCAGAGAGAGGAGCGCCUUCAUGAACUGGAGCGUCAGGAAUUAAUGCAUCAAAAGCGGCUUGCAUUAGAGACAAAUAAAAUCUUCAAAGAACAGCAAGAGAAAGAGAAGCUAAGAAAACAGGAGAUGACUCAGAAGACUGCAGAGGAAGAAGAAAGAUAUCAUAAAGAAAUUGGACAGAUAACAGCAGAGGAAGAGAAAUUUAAGAAACAAUGGGAAGAGGACUGGGCACCUAAAGAGCCACCUAAAACUGUAAAAACUGUGACUGCUGAAGUUCACCAUGCCCCUUCUCCUAAACACAGAGUAGAUUUAAAGGGAAUUGCAUGUGACCAGCUUACAGCGGAUGACAUGGAUGGAAUGAGCAUGAAGCAGGACAAACAGGUCUCUGAGACAGAGAGAGAAGACUUAGAGGAAUCAGAAAAAGUGCAACACUGGGUGGAAAGACUUUGUCAGACACGGUUAGAACAAAUUUCCUCUGUGGAGAAUGAGUCUCCUGAGUUGACAAGUGGACGGUCUUCUGCUUCUCCUUCUGCCACAUCAAUGCGGAGGUUUGCAGGUGGCCUGCAGCUUCAUACCACAGAUCUUGAUGAUAUUAAUUUAGACGAGAUUGACAAGCCUAAGAAACGUGUCCCACCUCCCCCUCCGUCACCCCACACACCUUCUGCAUCAUCUGCAGCUCAUCUACUUUCUUCAUCGAAUGUUCCACUUUCAAGAGGCCCAACCCCCUCAUCCUGUACAGCUUCACAGGUGACUUCAUCAUCUGCUUGGAUGCAUGCACCCCAACCUCUUCGACCACUCCCACCUGCCCCCUUGUCUGCUCCACCUAGUGAAUCUCUUCAUCCACCACCCAUCCUCUUAGAAGAAAGAGUGGGCAACCACAGCUACACUGGUGGCCCCACAGAGUCCUUGAAUGAAGCCAAAAACUACAGUGGAAGAUCUACUUUUGAUCCUAUUAGCUCUCAGAAUAGUGAGCAGACCUACUUACGAAGUCCAAAGGUUUUAAGAAACACCUCUCAUAUCAGCAAAAUGACACCUGCAUCCAGCAGUUCACUGCAGUUUGCUCCAAGUCCACCUACCCAGCAUCGACCAGGGAUACCAGUAGUCUCUAAGCCAGUCAUGCUGCACCCUGAGUCUAAUUCUAUUGUCAGGCCAACAAUCAAAUCCGAGGCCCUGGGAUUCCAGAAGUACGUUGAAAAUUUUGACCCCUAUUCAAUGUUUUCACCAGACCAAGUUAUGGGAAAAGAUGUGCGGCUGCUGCGUAUUAAAAAGGAAGGGGCAUUAGACCUUGCAGUAGAGGGAGGAAUUGAUUCUCCAAUUGGGAAAAUAGUUGUCUCUGCUAUCUAUGAUGGUGGUGCUGCAGAUAAACAUGGAGGCAUAGUGAAAGGGGAUGAAAUAAUGGCAGUAAAUGGAAAGAUUUUAGUUGAUGCUAAACUGGCAGAAGCACAGACAACUCUAUCGAGAGCAUGGAACAUGGGUGGGGACUGGAUUGACUUAGUCAUUGCAGCAUCCCCUCCAAAGGAAUAUGAUGAUGAGAUGACAUUUUUUUAAAGUACAGAAGGUAAAACUGAAGAAACAAAGACUAUGCUCUGAAGAAAGCUGCUGAUUCAAAAAUGUGAAAUCAAUAGCUUUGCAAAUUAUACAAGAGAAUUUUCUGACUUUAGAAUUGAAGUGCACUAGAGAGAUGCCUGGCCUUUAGACUCUUUGGGUAAUUUAUGUAACUUCAAAGCCUUCCAUGGACUCAGAAUGUGUAGGUACGAGAGAGAGAAUUAGUAACUGAGGAAUGCUGCCAAUACCAAUAAGCUAUUCUGUAAGACUGUUAGGAUCUAUAUAUUUUUCUAUAAGGCUUGUGGGGCCAAAUUGUGCAAACCAGCUUUCAAAAGUACACCAGCAAUUUGCCUAGAAAUGGACACCAGCAUAUGCUCAUCGGAGUUUAAAGCACAUCUAUUCUCACAUUUCCAGUGUGAUUGCAGUUUCACGUGACAGCUUGGGCAGGGGUGACUGACAGUUUGUACCCAGUCUUUGUGGGGGUUUUCCACUGGGGCAUAGGUGUAUGGAUUUUCUGUUAGCACUUACAGAGAUUGUCCUUGUAAAUGGUUCAAGGCUUCAUUCUACUUCUUUUACAUGUUUCGAAUAAAAUACAUCCCUGUGCAAAAUAUUUAGGUACCACUGAAGCUUACUGAAUGUUUUAGAAGGGCUUAAGUGGUUCAGAGGACUGGAGUCUUCUGCUCCACAGAACUGCAUUUCACUCAGUGAGCUGUCCUAUUUAAAUCAGUAGACUUGGUCACAGAGUGUGCAUCUACAUGUGCAAUUAGCGUGAAGCAAUCAACUCCAGUGCAUACCGCACAGGAGUUUAUUGCAUGUUUGCCCGGGACCGCAGUAUGGUGAGCUGGGUUGGAACAGCCCCGGCUGGCAGGGGAGCUGGGGCUCUGCUGCGAAGAGGCUGGCUGGGGCAUGAGGGUGCUCCAGUACAGGACUAGCUGGCAGGCACUGAAACACCCUUGUGUCCCAGCCAGCCCCGUCAGCAUCUACACGUGCAUUGCAGCAGAGUAAACUACUCUGCCACAGGAUAGUAUUUGUAUAUGUAUAUACAAAUAAAUUAGUGUACUAAUUAGUGUAAAUUAUUUUAUUCUGGCUUAAUAGUGUCUCAUGUAGGUGUGGAGAUGUUUACUGCAGAGCUAAUUAAUCAGCUCUGCAGUAAACAUCUCAUGUAGACAUGCCCAGUAUGAGGUGCCACUUAGUCUGUAUUUAAAUAGUAAAAUCAAUCUCUCAGGCACUAGUGGGUGAAGAGACUGAGUUUGUCUAAAAAUAAGAAUCUGAUUCUGCAGCUCUUAUUCACAUGACUAUUUCCUGAGACUGUUCACACAAACAAGUACAUGAUGCAAAGUGUCUUUGAAAAUAUAACAUAUUCUUAUCAGUGACUAUAUGUAUUCUAGACGGAAGUAGCUGUGUUAGUCUGAAGUCAGGCAGAAAAAGCAGGGCAAUGUGGCACCUUAUAGGCUAACUCAUUCAGAGAAUUGUGAGUUUUUCCAGGCUAGUGCUUGCUUCUGAAAAAAUAGAAGUAGCAUCUGAUGAAAUAGAAAGUAGGUUUCUAUAUGUAUUCUGGUUAAUUAACAUCCCUUAUAUUGUGGAUACUGUAUUAACCUGAUUAUAAAAUAGUUGGUCAGAUAAAAUUAUACUUGUAAAAUUAAUUUGAAGCCAUUUUAAAGGUCUUGGCAUUUUCUUUCACAGAAAUGGAAUCUUCCUCAGAUUAUCCUACCCAAAAAAGAAGUGUACGUAUAAAUCUAAGCAAUUUUUAUUUUUUUAAAAAUCAGACAUUUUGAAACCUAGAAAGUCUAAUUGAAGCUUAUAUUAGAUGUGAUUUCUCAAUCAAAUGGUUUCUUAAAUAGCUGCAAAAGGUGUCAGAUUGACCACCCGGUAGAUGUUAAUAGAGAGGGCUAGUCUUUUACUAGAUAUAAAUUGGUGUGGUUCUACUGCAGAAACAAUCCCAAUUCAUCUAAAACAUUCAUUAGAUCAAACUUCAAAAAACAGUUACGUGAAGAAAUGUAUAUAUGUUCCAUUUGGUAUAUUGGUUUGCAUAUGGUCUUUAGAUUUCUGAUCUAAUCUAUUGCAAGCUGAAAGAUGUAUUUCUUAUGCAUCCUGAAUUCCCAUGGGGAAUUUUGCCAGCUCAAGGCAUAUGGACUUAGGUCUUAAAUAAAAAUCAAGAAAAAAUAAUAAGGCAUUAAUUACAUCCCUGACUAAUCAGAAUCUAAACGAGUCUUGUAGUAGUAGGUUCCUUUGUGUUGAACUUCUUAUGUAUGAACUGAUAUUUGGUUUUGUCUUGUUUCAUUCACAUGCAGUGUUGUUCCAAUAUGCCAAUUAAUGCAUCGGGGGAGAAUAUACAUAUUGGGAGUUUAAAAACACUACCUUUCAACUAAAUAGCACCAAAAUAAAACUAUUGUUGCCAAAUACA